CCAGGGCCUAGCCAGAGGUUGGGGCUGAACAGCUCCGUAGGAGGCGGUCACAUGGUAGGGAGGGAGCAAGCCCGCCUUCUCCAGGAGGACCCUCAGCCUCAACUCUGCCAGGCCAGCAGCCACGCUGCUCAGAGCCCAGGAGGUGCACGGGGCUCCCGGACCAACCCUACCAAGCUUCGGGGACUGGUGAGACAGGUGCCAUCGUGCGGGGCAAGAGCCGAAUCAGCCACCAUCUCCUACUCCCCCCCUCCAAACCCCAGCAGCUGGAGCUGCAGCAGCAGCAGCAGCCGUGACAGUAGCAACAGCAGAGAAGGCAGCGCCGGUGGCGGAGAGAACAGCGAAGACAGCAGCCACACCACCAGCAGCAACACCAUGGAUCUUUCAUUUAUGGCAGCCCAGAUUCCUGUUAUGGGAGGGGCUUUUAUGGAUUCACCAAAUGAAGACUUCAGUACCGAAUACUCUAUGUUUAACUCAGCAGCCAAUGUCCACACAGCCACUUUGGGACCAAACCAACUGGAAGAGCCACCUCGUUCUUCCAAUGAUGCCAUCUUAUUAUGGAUUGCCAUAAUAGCCACCAUUGGGAACAUUGUGGUGGUAGGCGUUGUCUAUGCCUUCACCUUCUGAGAAAAACAGAUUGAGCAGCUGGUGAGCAAACUAAGCAUGAGACCUGACACUGCUAAGUGGAAGGGAGUGCUGGAAAUCACAUGUGUAGCAGAAUCCUGCUGGCAUGGACAGUCAGUAACUAUAUGUGCUUCUUUACCCCAUCCUCAUAGAUAGAAUUAGGCCAUGCUGUGCCUAGAUACUGGUUGCCUCAUCAUUUAGUUCUCACCAAGGUCUAGAAAUGAAAGUUGAAAAACAGGGCCAGCCUUCAAUUUUUUAAAUUGUCCUUUCAAAGCCUGGUGGUAGAAGCUUGAAUAGUGCUAAAAUGAGUAUUGUACUUUGAACAUCCAUAGUUUGAUUUUAACAGGCAACUGCUAUGCCUUCUAGAGGCUCAAGGUUCAUUUAUAAAACUAAGGAAAACAGAUUAAAUUAUACAUUUUUUCUACUUUUUUCUCUUCCAGGUGGAUUUUCUGUUCUUUUGUGGGUAGAAAGGGGAAAGUACUUCCUGCCACCACAAAAUUUAAGUUAUACAUUACUCAAAUACUAAUAUUUUUAUGAUGGAAAUAAAGAUGUUUUCUAUCUCCUUUUGAAAAUUAGAGAUUGUUGUAAAUAGAUACUACCUUAAAUUUUUUGUGGUCCAAACCCUUCAUUUUCCAAAUUUGAAAACUGAGGCUCAUACAUUUAUUGCCUAAGGUCACAUAACUAAAUCAACAGUAGAACAGAGACCAGAACCCAGGUUUCCUGGUUUCUCAGCAGCCACUACUAUUUCCAUUCCUUAGCUUCUCUUUCAGGAAAGGAGAAACAGUGCUUGAUGAGUUGAUUCAAGGAUGCUUAAAAUUUUACCACAGAAAGGACAGCCACACUAGCUACAUACAUUUCAAAGUUUGAAGUGAUCAUGAUAUGAUUUGCUAUUUCUUGAACAUACUUUUGAAGUAUUUUUGAGGGAGUGAGGUAAUGGGGUUAAGUGACUUGCCCAGGGUCACACAGCUAGUACGUGUCAA